GGUCCUUCUCAUUUGUGUGAGUCAUGCUUUUGCUGUGAGCGAGUUGGCAGCUCUAAGCAGGACUGGGAUCUCUGUCAUAGAAAACUAUUACUUCACCCAACCUUAAGAGGGAACCAUAAGAAAUUUCUUAAAAAUACAUAUUUUUCUUUUGUUCUUCCUUAUACUCUUUUUUACCCCAAAAUCUUGUUAUCCAUCCGUAUUGUUAUGAAUCGCCUGCUAUGUUAGCACAGGCAUCUCCUGCACUGGCACCAGAUUUGCCAGACCAUAUGCAGGAAACCAGAUAGAAGGGCAUGCUUCAACGUACCAAGUAUAACCGCUUCAGGAAUGAUUCAGUGACAUCAGUUGAUGAUCUUAUUCACAAUUUGUCUAUGAACAGCAAGGUCUCAUCAGUUGCUACGACUUCAACAGCACGUUCGUACCUUGUCUCGCCAGAAGUUCUCCGCAAGGACCAAGAAGAUGGACCCACCACCCUGUGUACCCUCAUCCAUAAAGUGUCCCACUUGAAACUCUCUCACACGGGCAGCCUUUUGGGUAUCAAAAACCUCUCCUCUGCAGUAAAGGAACUUGCUGUCUCCAAGUUGCAGGGAAGCUCGAGUGCUUCUAGCUCAGCAGCAGGGGCUUCAGACAACACAUGUAACAUUGUCUCUGCCGCUUCGUCUUCUCAGCAGGACGUGAGCAGGAUGAGCAUGGGGAAAAAAACACGGUCAGAGGAAAUGAACGCAGGAGGUGAAGACUGGAAUCAAAGUAGCAGCUUUGUCAAUAAAUCCUCUCGAGGAUGGCUGCACUCGAGUGAGAAGAUCCUGGGACCUGGUGUGACGUACAUUGUGAAGUACUUGGGGUGUAUAGAAGUCUUACGUUCAAUGAGAUCUCUUGACUUCAAUACUAGAACACAGAUAGCAAGGGAAGCAAUCAGUCAUGUUUGUGAAGCCGUGCCUGGUGCAAAAGGAGCCUUCAAGAAACGAAAGCCACCAAGCAAAGUUCUUUCUAGCAUCUUGGGAAAAAGCAAUCUUCAGUUUGCAGGAAUGAGCAUAAUGCUGAAUAUCUCCACCACCAGCUUAAACCUGAUGACUCCUGAUACAAAACAGAUCAUAGCAAAUCACCAUAUGCAAUCUAUUUCCUUUGCAUCUGGAGGUGAUCCGGAUACAACUGACUAUGUUGCAUAUGUAGCUAAGGAUCCUGUUAAUCGGAGAGCUUGUCAUGUACUGGAAUGCUGCGAUGGCCUGGCUCAGGAUGUCAUCAGCACCAUAGGACAAGCGUUUGAGCUUCGAUUCAAGCAAUACUUGCGAUGCCCCUCUAAGAUACCUACUUUUCAUGAUAGGGUGCAGAGUUUUGAUGAGCCAUGGAUGGAAGAAGAUAAUGAGACAACAGAACAUCCCUAUUACAACAACAUCCCAAAUAAAAUGCCCCCCCCUGGUGGCUUCAUUGAUGCCAGGCUCAAAACAAGACUUCCUACUGCUGCAGAUGCAGCUCAGUCUGCAGCAGGAGUGGGAGAAGAGCAAAUCUAUUAUCAGAGUCAUCACUUAGGAGACAAAUUCAGUGAAGAUUUGCAUCAUGGACCUGUUAAGCAAGGAUCUCUGGAUAUAUGUAGUAUGCUGGAAGGGAAAUCACAAGUAACUGCAACAGCAGAGAUGCCAACAUACGUGAACACCCAGCAUAUAAAUAUAGAGGCUCUACUGGCACUUCAGGCAGAUGCUGAAAGCACCAUCAGUGGAACAGCAGACGAUAUCAAAGAGAGCAGCCCCGGAAAAGAUCUGUUUGACAUGAAACCAUUCGAAGAUGCCCUCAAGAACCAAACGUCUGACACUGUGUUGAGUAAAUCCCUCUCUACGGAGUGCACUAGUCCUCUUUUAUCCAGAGCAUCUGACUGGACUGUAGCGAAAGAGCUGAGUACAGAGCCUUGGUAUCAAGGAGAAAUGAGCAGGAAAGAAGCAGAACAGCUGUUAAAGAAAUGUGGAGACUUCCUUGUGAGGAAGAGCACUACGAAUCCUGGCUCUUAUGUGCUGACAGGCAUGCACAAUGGACAAGCCAAGCAUCUUCUUUUGGUGGACCCAGAAGGAACUGUUCGUACAAAAGAUCGUGUCUUUGACAGCAUAAGUCAUCUCAUCAAUCAUCAUCUCAAGAAUAAUUUGCCAAUAGUUUCUUCUGGGAGUGAACUCUGCCUGCAGCAGCCUGCUGAGAGGAAACACUGACUCCAGAUAAUUAUUUUAGUUUUUAUAAUUUGCAAGCUACAAGGGAAAUUGCAGAUCUGAAAAAAAACGUAUAUUAAAAAAAAAAGCAUAUUCACAUAUUCGCCAGUAUGUUUUCUUGCAGUUUAAGAAGCCCAGCUUCACACAAUACACUUGAAAAUUCUCAAUGCUUUAUGUAGACAUGAAGUCACAGCUGAAGGCUUUCUUAAAAACUAAUUUCAAUAAAAUUGUUCAGAUUCUCUAAUGUGAAUAUUGAUAGUGUAUAAAUACACAUUAAUAUAUAAAAACAGUCUAUAUUUUUCAGGUCAGUCUGUUGACAAUAUAGAACUAUCUUCUAUGACACAUGUUUUUACCAGAAGAAAAAUGCCAAUUGUGACUGUUCAGAUAAAAAUAGAAUUCGACAGUCUCAAUUUCUUGAGAAAGUGAACAUUAGGAAUCUUAUUGCCAAUUUUACCUAAGAAGCACAACUAAUGGUGGAUUAUGCUGGUUAACAAUGGAAGGAGUCUGAAUUCAGCAACUAGUAUUCCAACUCAGAAAUUAAGCAUAAAAUGAUUUUUAAAAGUGUUUUUCAGUGUCACUGAUAUCAAAAGCAUUUUAUCUUUCUGAUGUCAAGUUUGAAUUCUUAUAUGAUGUUAUUCAAAACAUUUGUAUCUUGCUUUAACAAUGAUUUGGUGUCAUCUCUCUGUG